AUAGUUAUUCUACUCGAGAUUUUAGACAACAAUAUCCUACCAAUUCACUUAUAAAGGCAGGAUACCAAAGUGGAAAUAAAACAUUUUAUAAUUGGUACAAUAUAGUAUCUUUAGAACAUUAUCCAACUCAGUUAAAAUUUACUUAG